GUCUGCCGUCAGCUGAUUGGCCCGUGGGAGUUUAGCUUAUUAUAAUGUAUUAGUGUUUGUAUUUAUAAAAAAUAAAAUUAUUAUUAGAUAAGACAUUUAAUUUUACAAUGGAAAACACAGUGAACGUUUCAGACUGUUGCAGAACUUGCCUGAGGAUAGAUUGCGCCCUUACAUCUACUGAACUACAAGAUACUGAUUCUGUUAGCUUCUAUGACAAACUUUUGGCCUGUGUCUCAGAAGUAUCAUGGUUAAAGGAAAGGGUACCCUCUUUAAUAUGUUCGGUGUGUAUUGAACGUCUUAGAGUUGCUUAUGACUUUCGAAUCGUUUGUCUUCAAUCAGAUGCCACUAUAAAUAGAUAUCUAUGUACCCAAGAUGACUCAAAACAGCAAGAUAUAUCUGUUGAAACCCGUACACUAUCCACACCUACAAAGUUUGAAUUUUCAAUUGCUGCCACGGCUGCUAGUGAAACAACUGCUUUGUUGACUGAACAACAUCAAAAUUCUGAGUAUAUUCAUUUAAAACACUUCCUAGACAGUGACGAAGUACUUACGAAACAAGAGGAUCUGCUUCAAAAUGAAAUCAAACAAUGUGAAGAGAGGAGUGCAAGUCCCCAAGGUGCUGUCACCAGUAUAGAGUUUAUAAGUAAGACUGAUGAUAGAAAUAUUGCUGAAUCACAACCAGAACAAGCUAUUUUGUUGGAAGAAGAACAUCACUGCCAGACUGAACCUCAAAUACAUUACCAGACACACCAACAAAGUCAUCCAAAUGUACAAAUGAUCCACCAGAGUCUCCAAACUGAAGAAAUAGAACAACAGUUAGAAAUAGAAAAUUCCGAACAAGUUGAGCAAAAUGGGGAGCUUCACAAUAUUGUUAUCGCACCCAUACAGACCAUUCACCAACCAGAUGUAUCACCUCCCAAUUUUGUAGCUGUUCCAUACAGACAAGUCAUUAAGAGAACUACAGGAGUACAAGUGACACCUCAAAUCGACAAAACCGAAUUAAAACAAGAAUCAGAUACUUCUGGAUAUCCUUGUAAAGAAUGUGGAAAGAGCUACAAGAAAAAAUCUAAUUUGAGGAUCCAUAUGAGGACUCAUACAGGAGAAAAGCCUUUCGAGUGUCAAUACUGUGUUAAAAGGUUUUAUCACUCUUCGCACCUUCGGGAACAUGUUCGUCGGCACACCGGCGAGAAACCUUACCAAUGCGCGGUCUGCAACAAACGGUUCACCAUUAAAGGGGAGCUUACGAUGCAUAUGAAGUCGCAUACGGGAGAAAAACCGUACGCGUGCACCUGUUGCGAUAGGCGGUGCCUAACUUCCGCAGAUUUAAAGGUUCAUAUGCGAACGCACACCGGCGAAAAACCGUACGAGUGUUCCAUGUGUAACAAAAGGUUCGCAAGUACGUACAUCUUGAAUUCACACAUUAAGACUCACACUGGCGAACGACCAUAUUCUUGCAAUAUCUGCGAGAAGACUUUUACUCAAUCUUCUCAUCUGAAUGUGCAUAUUAAGAAGCAUACCGGAGAGAAAUUUACUUGCAAGGUUUGUGAUACAAAAUUCACCCAUUCUUCCCAACUGACCGUCCAUAUGCGCGAGCACACCGGCCGACAACCAUACAAGUGCUCGGUGUGCAACAAGGUCUGCAACUACGCCUCAGAAUUGCAGUCUCAUAUGAUGAAACACACCGGAGAGAAGCUAAGCUGCGUCACUUGCGAUAAAAAGUUUACGUCGGCGGCGUAUUUGGCGGAACAUACACGGACACACACAGGAGAAAAUCUGUCCAGGUGUACGAUAUGCAAUAAACCUUUUACUAGAUCUCAAUACCUAUUGAAACAUAUGCGGACUCAUACAGGUGAAAAACCAUACCCUUGUUUCGUCUGUGGCAAGAAAUUCACUCAAUCGUCGAGCUUGAAGGUUCACAUGCGGAUACAUACUGGUGAAAGACCAUAUUCGUGCUCUUUGUGCGAUAAAAAGUUUACUACUUCCUCAGAUCUUUCUGUACAUAACAAGAAACACAAAAAAUACAUCGAUUUAUAGGUUAUAUCUACGAAAAUAGAAGAACUGAUAUAGAGAUUCUCCCAAACAGUUUGAAACAAUGGUUGGCGAAGAUUUCAAGAAAGGUUUUAUCGAUCUUUUAGAUUAGGAUUUUUUACUAUUUUUGUUCUGUGAUAUUGACGUUCUGCGAUUUUUAGUGAUUAUGUAUAUAAUGAAAUAUUGAUUUUUAGCCAUAAAGGCUAUGUUGCUGGUGAACGUACAAUGUGCUCUAGGAAAAGUGGUAAUAAUUUCUUGUACUGUUUUCCAUUUAUACAUAAUUUCCAUCCACCAGGUCAAUGUAUCGCUUAUAUUUCGCUAUCGACAAUCUUUUUUUAACUGAUCUGUCUGUAAAGACUCAUUUUCAAAUAGCGAAAUACUAAAAAUUCGCUUCUCACAAUUCACCACAACGCACGCAAUAAGUAUUAUACAUAGUGUAAUUCUAUUGGCCCAAGCAAAUGGUAAUUUUAAAAUUGUUAAAAGAUUAAACAAUAGAUACGUACCU